GCGUCCAUGGGAAAGCGGAGUCGCUGCGGGAAAGUGCACAUGCUUAUGAUUCGUACGGUCAAUUAACGCGAAACUUGUCAUUUACGGCGGGUAAGUGACAUUAUGUUGAGCGCGCUAUAAAGUUUCGCAUUGUGUGAACUUUAAACUGGACCAUGCGUGUUCUCAGACCGCUGCUGCCUUUCGCAAGGCUUGGAAAGCGUGUCUUUGCUCCCGCUCGUCACUUCAGGGAAGGUACGCAUCGUCUGUUCGACUUGGACGUCGAAUUCUACGCAGACGUCGCGAACCACGACCUCAUCACGAAGAACCUCACGAGGAGGGGAUGCGUGGCGGACCUGGACGAAAUCCGAGACCUCUGGGAGCAGCUGAAAGGGAGGCACAGAAGCGAACAAAUGCGAAUCGAUCUGUCGCGGGCCAUCGCAAGGCUGCCCAACAUGACGCACCCUGAAGUGCUGGAAAGGGAAGGCGACGAACCAGUCGUCCUGGACGUCAUCGGUGAGAAAAGGCAAAUGGACUUCGUUCCCAGGCGCUUCGAAUACCUCAUGUCAAGGUUGGGCCUGCUACAGGCAGAUCCGAACUACAACAUCAUGUUCGGCGAGCGUGCGUAUUUCUUCCGCGGUGACCUGGCGCGUAUGGAGGAAGCGCUAAUCAAUUUCACCACAGACAAGCUCUUAAGUAAAGGUUUCACCCCGGUGUACGUGCCGGAUUUACUGCAUCCGGAUCACAUUGAAGCGUGUGGUAUGGCAACGACCGGACUGAGGAACCAGGUGUAUCGCCUCAGGACUAACUGGGGCACGGAGGUUUGUCUUUCUGGAACGGCGGAGAUGGGUUUGGCCAACAUGUACCGCGACCGCUGCCUAGAUGUGUCUGAGCUGCCGCAGCGCCUUAUGGCAGUCAGCCGCUGCUAUCGGGCCGAAAUUUCGUCAACAAAGGAAGAGAAGGGCAUCUAUCGGGUCCACCAGUUCAACAAGGUGGAGAUGUUUGGCUUUGCGUUACCUGGUCAGAGUGCCGUUUUGCGAAAGGAGUUUGUCGAGAUCCAGGAAGAGAUAUGCAGAGACCUCAAACUACAUGUACAACUUUUAGACAUGCCACCAAUUGACCUUGGGCUGCCAGCAUACCGCAAGCUGGACAUGGAAGCUUGGAUGCCAGGCUGCCGAAAGUACGGCGAGAUCAGCAGCGCUUCGGACUGCACCGAUUACCAGAGCCGCAGGCUAGGCAUCACGUGUCGGCAGGCUCCGGGAGGGCCACCGUCCUACGUGUUCACCACCAAUGGCACAGCCCUUGCAGUUCCGAGAAUGCUCAUAGCCAUUGUUGAAAACUACCAGCAAAAGGACCAUUCGGUGGUCAUCCCCGAUGUAUUAAGAAAGUAUAUGGACGACAAAGCCCUCAUGGAACAGUGUGGCACGGAACGGACUCCGCGGUCAGUGCCAUUUUAUUUCAUGGAGAACAGGUAGUAUUGGGGUUUUGGUCUUUGCAGCCAAGUUGAUGAUUUGGCAAUUUCAGUUUCCUGCUUCAGACAGGUGAUUUAUUGACAGGUUUGUGUGGUACUAAAAAAAAAAAUUGGCAAAUGAAGAUUUGUCGGUGUUAAAACUUGGGGCACAACUACUGAGCAGGUUUCAUCCUUUCACUAUUGGUACUUGAACAGUGAUGUUCACAAAAAUUGUGCUAUCAUUUUUAUUUACACUGAAUAGUGUUAUUGAAAUUAGUGUUGUCGGGUAUUGUUGAAUAUAACGAAUUUAUUUCUAAAUGUCUGAGAGCCAUUAAGUGAAAGAGCAUAUUGAUUGCAUACUUCUACCAAUAGUAGUGCACAGGGACCAUGUGGAAGCUUUGUAAGAAUUAAUUUCUAAGUGUGCAUGAACGCAUUGUUCCAAAUUCAGAAAAGUACCCAGUGAGUCACCAUCGAGUCUUGUGGCUAUAGAAUUGGUAAAAUAAACCAUUCAUGUUCAGA